AAAAAGAAACCAGAAGAGAUAGCUAAGCAAUACCUUUUAUCACAAACUCAACCGAUCAUCAUCCCAUCCUAUGCAUCCUGGUUCGAUCUUGAUACCAUUCAUCCACUUGAACAAAAGGCUUUACCUGAAUUCUUCAAUGGUCGUAAUCGAUCAAAGGUUCCAUCGAUCUAUAAAGAUUACCGUGAUUUUAUCGUUAAUAGCUAUCGACUCAAUCCUUCCGAAUAUCUCACUCUAACUUCGUGUAGAAGAAACUUGGCAGGUGAUGUAUGCGCGAUUAUGCGCGUUCAUGCUUUCUUAGAGCAAUGGGGUAUCAUCAACUAUCAGGUCGAUGCUGAUACGCGUCCAGCCCCCGUUGGCCCUCCCUUCACUGGACACUUCCGUGUACUUCUCGAUACUCCACGGGGUCUUAUGCCGCUCCAUUCCGGUGUAGUCACUAAACACAAUAAGAACCCUCCAAACCUUCUCACUCCCGAUGUACCUCAUCCAUCCCAAUCAUCUGAAACCACUCAUACUUUAUACAAUCAUGCACUUCAAAUCCGCAAGAACAUCUACGAGCGCACCGAGACAGGUCACGAAGUAGAAGUGGAUGAAGCCAAGGUUCAAAACAUGCUGCAAUCAAAUGGGACUACCAAUAACGAGCUAACUGCUGAGCGUAGCCCGAUUCAAUGCGAUGUCUGUUCAGUCGAAUGUACCAAACUCUCAUACCACCACACCAAACUUCGCACCUACGAUCUAUGUCCAGGUUGCUAUAGCCAAGGUAGAUUCCCUAGCACCAUGAACGCUGCCGAGUUUAUUAGAAUGGACCGAGACCCUUCAAACCCACCUAUCCCAGCAGAAUGGAGCGACCAAGAACGUUUACUCUUACUCGAGGGCUUGGAGAUGUUUGCGGACGAUUGGGAAAAGAUUGUAGAUCACGUGGGUGGCACUAAAACGAAACAACAAUGUAUCUUAGAAUUCUUGAGAUUACCGAUCGAGGAUGAGUUCUUGAAAUCCGUCGAAAAGGAUGUGGGAGGACCUGUGGGGUUAGGAAAGAUGCCAUUGAAUGGAGUCGAGAAUCCAGUAAUGUCAGUCUUGACUUUCUUGAUGAGUCUAGUCGAACCGGAUGUCACAGCAAGAUUGGCAGGUACUUCAAUUGAGAAUAUCAAAGAGGACAUCGAAAGCGAGUUAGUAAGAGAUAGCGAAAACUUGGCUAGGAAGGAAGUGGAAGAGGAGAAGAAAAAGCGGAAGGCUCCUGAUGGUAACACGGCCAUGGAAGUUGAUGAACCGACAAUGAAAAUUCAACCCAUCCAAACGACAUCUCCCAAAGUUCAGAAGCCUAUCGAGAAGAUGGUAGGGAUCGCACUAGGUUCAGCAGCUACAAAAGCUUCAACUCUAAGUUCAGAAGCAGAUUCAGAGAUGAAUAAAUUACUCGGUAAUCUAACAGAACAGACCGUGAAUAAAUUAGAAUUAAAAUUACAACAAUUUGAAAAACUCGAAUCAUUAGUUGAAAUUGAAAGAAGGAAUUUAGAGCAAUUUAGACAAAGUUUAUUGAUUGAACGGAUGACGUUAGUUAAAGAGAUUGGAAAAGCAAGAGAUUUGGAAAGUGGAGGAGUGAAAGCUAAAGAAGUUGAAGGUUCUGAUGUCACUAAUUCAAUGAUGAAUGGUGGAUUAGGAGUAAUGGAAAUUGCUUGA